UCCUGCCGUCCAGCCUCUCGAGUGCAGUUUUUGGUGAAUCGUUGGUAGUGUGUUUAGUUUUGUUUAUUUGUAAAACGUAGCGUCCGUCUAAGUUCGUAGAAUCUAGCGGAGAUAUCAGUGCAAAGAUUGUUUGGGGGUGUAGUAACAUGCGCCGAUGGUACAGAUGGGAGCUUCGAUCAAACGAUAAAAACGGCCGCACCGGAACAAACAACAGCAACUGUCAUAUCCCCGGCUGCAAUCAAACAGAAUACAAGGGAACAACAAACUUGCAACGCUUUUAGCGGUUGACUUUCGGCGCAUCUAGAACAAAUACAGUGAAUCGAUGAAAGUCUUCCUACAACCCUCAAGAUUGACGGCAACUAAUAGCUAGUGAUGCAAUGGAUUCGGCACACCAUUGGAUUCAGCCUGGCGCUUACAGGACAACAACGCAACUUGCCACCCAUAGCUAGCCGAGUAUGAAUGUUCUAUCAACGGGGGUUAGCAAUCAUUUACUGCGAAUCUACAGUGACCGUGAUAGUAACGCUGGCUACCCCAUUCUUCAAAUGCUCAUGUCUAGAAGCACAACUGCGUCAAUUUUUAUUGAAAGCAUUUUUAAUUCCGCCGACAACUGACACCGGUAACGACAAAGGGGGCAAAUGACACGUAUUCGUUCCUAGGAUAUCAACCACCAACGAAAUUCCUCCUAGAUUAAGAAACGCCACACAUAUCUAUGCAAAUCGCAAUCCGCGACGCAGUGCAAUUCUUCAUCUUUACUGUGACAACAAAAAACAUCUCGAAAGGUAGCCGAUCGCUUCGUUGCCGAACAGGGAAUAUAGAAAAACAGAAAAAACGAAACGUAUGAUCUCGAGCAACCAACAACCAACGCUAAUCUUUGAAAAGCUGAUAAGAACUCACUCUGAUUGGCUCUGUUCAGCUCUUACAUCGACGUAACCGAGAGACGCGUUUUGAUUUAUCUUACGCUCGGCAUAAGCACUGUAAACCAUGCGUUUAACCUUGCGAGGUCGCAAGCUACUGUUUGCAAUCGGCGUUUGCCUGACCGUUAUAAUCCUGUUCUGGAAGUGGACUGACGUGAGAGCGGUUUGCUGGGGCGGAAAUAGUGCGAAUAAUGCCGGUGUAAUGGUACGGGAUGAUCAAAGUGCGCAUGGAGGAAACAACUUCCGAUAUCAUCGCAGUAUGCCGUUAAUCUUUAUCGGUGGUGUGCCACGUUCCGGUACCACAUUAAUGCGUGCCAUGCUAGAUGCUCAUCCCGAAGUGCGAUGCGGACAGGAAACACGCGUUAUACCACGCAUCCUUCAACUACGUUCGCAUUGGAUGAAAUCGGAAAAAGAAUCGGUACGGCUUGUCGAGGCCGGCAUCACAAAAGAGGUGCUAAACGGAGCUAUUGCUCAGUUCUGUCUAGAAAUCAUUGCCAAACACGGUGACCCAGCUCCACGGCUCUGCAACAAAGAUCCGCUCACGUUAAAAAUGGGUUCGUACGUGAUCGAACUGUUCCCGGCGGCAAAGUUCCUUUUCAUGGUGCGAGAUGGCCGUGCCACCGUACACUCCAUCAUCUCGCGCAAAGUCACCAUUACCGGUUUCGAUUUAACCAGCUAUCGGCAGUGUCUAACCAAAUGGAAUCAGGCCAUACAGACAAUGCACGAUCAGUGCAAAGAGAUUGGUAGCGAUCGUUGUAUGAUGGUGUACUAUGAACAGCUGGUGUUACAUCCAGAGGAGUGGAUGCGCAAGAUACUACACUUUCUCGACAUACCCUGGAACGAUUCCGUGUUGCACCAUGAGGAGUUCAUCAACAAGGAGAACGGUGUGGCACUCUCGAAAGUUGAACGCUCGUCAGACCAAGUCAUCAAGCCAGUAAAUCUGGAAGCCCUCUCCAAAUGGGUUGGGAAAAUACCCAGCGAUGUUGUGCGCGAUAUGGCCGACAUUGCACCAAUGCUAUCAGUAUUGGGUUAUGACCCAUACUCUAAUCCUCCGGACUAUGGAAAACCAGACACAUACGUGCAAGAGAAUACUUAUAAGGUACGCUCUAAUCCACUAAUGUGGGAGCACAGGGCGAAAGAGCUUCUCAAUCGGGAAGCCAUUGCAGACAACAUGCCACCGAAAGCGAAAGACACCGACGAAGAUGAUUAUGGCGGUGGCAGCAGAGAUCGGAAAACGUGAUGAAAUAAGCGGUGCUGUUAUAAGACAUAAAAGUUAUGCUACACAUGCGUAUAGACUGCUACAAAACCGUAGGAAAUACCAGUGCAAUAGUGCGCUAGUGGACGCAUAAGGUUUAGAUUAUUAUGUUUUUUUUUAUUUACACUUUGUAAGUAAUGCAAAUCUGUUACACAUAAAAAAAUGGAGCUUUUUCGAUUGUAUAGAGCAAUACACUGCAAAGGACAAACUAUCAAAUUUGAUGUGCAACGAUUUAUAUGCAAAAAAGGGUCCAUUGAGCCAGCAGGAUGAAGUGAUUAAGACAUACAGUUGGUAACAAUAUAAGAGCCAUUCAACCAGCAGGAUAAAGUGAUAGAAACAGAUAAUUGAUAACAGUGUAAGGGCCAUUCAACCAGCAAGAUGAAGUGAUUGAGACAGACAGAAUUGUUUAGUUUAAUUUUUUUUAUUAGAGGUUUAACAAACAAUUUCGAUUAAGCUUGUUUGUCUCGGUUUUAUUUUUAUAUGUUUUGCUUGUGGGCUGAAAUAGUCGACUCGACUUAUGGAAAGCUCUUACAGUUAAGAGUUGUAUUGUGCAAUUCAAUUUUAAAUGUGCGACAUGGUAGAAUAAUCAGCAUAACGUACAGUAAAGAAAGAAACAACAGCACAAUCUACAGCCUGCUUACAAACAUAAAAAAAAUAUUCAAUACCCAGAAUCCCUCAACAUUUUUAAUACAAUUAUGUAACUGUAUAGUCAAAAGUAUCCCUCCGCCCUUGUAAAAUUGGGGAUAGCUGGUAGAGUAGGACAAUUGAAAGCAACUAGAAUAACAACGAAGAAAUAUAAACUUCAUACUGUCAAUGGAAUAAUUAUAUACUCUAUUCUACUGCAGGGCGGCCUGGUUGCAUGAUGGUGGCGGCGUCGGUCUUCACAUGAACGGACCGGAACAAAUUCGCAUACGGAGAAAUCCCCCGUAGCAAGGACUGACUGUCCGGCUUCGUGGUUAUAUAAAUCUAGUAAGCCAGAAAUGGCAGGCAAGACUUAGUAGGUCGCCGAUACAGUAACAUAAUUUAACUUUACGCAUUUGCAACACGGAAUGCAAAUUUCAAUCAAAACCCAAGAAAUGUAAAGCUAAGAAGGACCUAAUCGUCCUAGUUAAUGACGAUGGAAUGGAAUGGAAACUGGGAACGAAGAGUAGGGCAAUGAGUAUGCAAUAUAUAGUGGAAAGUUUGGGAUACUCUUCAUUUAAUACAUCCCAAUUCCUCCUGAGUCUUGGGCGCUUUAUCACUGGCCAGCUGCCACCAACCCAAAAACGCAAUCGCAAUAUGCUAACGUACAACGCAAAACAAUAACUUUACAAAUAGUGAAUACGCACACAUGUUAUACAGCUUACGUAAUAUACAACGUUCAUGUACAAAUGCAUGUAAAAACUAGAUAUAUAUAAAUGAUGUGAAGAUAUAUCUUUGAGAUGUUCGCGAUAGGGGAUAUCGUGCAUAUACAAUUUUAUCAUUCAACCAGCUCCCCUACAGGCGGGAAAAUCCAAAACAUAAAUCACAAUAGGACAAGAACAGCAACAUCAAAAACUGAAAAACGUAGCUAUGGGUUAUAAAAGAAAUUCCGGCAUUUGAAAAACAAUUCUGCUUAUGGAAUGAAACAGAGCUGUACAUGAUCUUUGGGUAUCGAGAUCUUUGCAUAAAAACCAUUACAACAGUACAUUUUGUGUGAAUGUACGCAACUUAAUUCAUGAAACACGAUUACGUCUGAAAGCGGCCGACACAACUUUGUACAUAUUGCGUGUAUGUAUGAAUGUUGUUAAUUAUUAUUUAACACCAUUGAUGUCAAAGCAAACGAACGUCAGUAUGAUAUGAUUUGCAAAAAACGCGUAUAUUAUACAAUGAAUUGUAACUAUUUCAUUACAUUACGUACAGAUGUCAUCAGUUUACUUAAGUAUUGUUCGUGCGGAAUGAUAAUUUUCUAUUCAUAGUUUGUUAUGAUUAUAUAUUUUUUUAUCGAAUUACGCAUUAUUUGAAUUGUAUGCAUACUUCUUCGCAUGCGUACUACUUGCUAGUUAUAUAUUUCUUUAUCGAUAAAAAUAGUACUCACUUCUCGUUCCUAAACCAUAUUGAUUUACAAAUGUUAUAAAAGUUCGUGCAAUUCCUGUGCUAGCCGUAUGGAAAAUGUAAUUUUUGUUACUUUAAAACGUUCGGAAACUCAAUCGUUAAUUGGGUCAUAUGUGUACAGCAACCUGUUUCUUUUGGUUAAACAUUGGUUCGACUUUUUAGGAUGAAAUAUUGUAGUGUAUUAUAAAAUAAUAAACAUUUAGA